AUGAUUGGAUUGUGCGUCGAGGUUGAAGAAAUAAAGCAAAAAAAUGUGGUUGGUAGAGAUAAAAACGUCGUAGAUGAGAAAGUCGCAACCGAAGCAUGUGAUGAACAUGUUGAAGAGGAUGAAGAAGAUAAUUGUAGAUUUGACUACUGCGACGAUCCGGACGGUGCAAGUUCGGACGAUGACGAAUACGGUAGGUGUGGUAGAUUUACAGAUGACGAGGAACCAAGGGAAAAUCUACCACAUAAGAAAAGAGGUUUAUCAUCGAUUCCUGAAUUUGUGAAGUUGGAAAUGCGGUUAGUAGACUUAGCUGUUGGGCAAUGUUAUGAUACAAAAGAGGACUUGGAGAUGAGAUUGCAAAUUCUUUCGGUUGCACAGCAGUUUGACUAUAACGUCGGCUACACAACACCAAUGUUAUUGACGAUUUAUUUUCAGCAUGGUGGUAGAUUUAUUAUCAACACGAUUGUAGAUUAA